AUGGCUAGUGCUCGGAGAAUGGCCGUGGCCAUCAAUGGCUCCUGGCGGUCCCUGGUGCUACCACAUUCAAUGAGCACACGACGCUGGAAUUCGACGUCUGCCGUCGAGACCCCGCUGCCUCUGGAGGGAUACCGCGUGCUAGACAUGACGCGAGUCCUUGCCGGUCCUUAUUGUACACAAAUUUUAGGUGAUCUUGGUGCCGAAGUCAUCAAGAUUGAGCACCCUGUACGCGGUGACGACACACGAGCUUGGGGUCCUCCAUACGCAAAGUACACGCAAGAGUCUGGCAAGUCGGGCCCCGGCGAAGCCGCGUAUUUCCUCGGAGCAAACCGCAAUAAAAAGUCAAUUGGCCUGUCAUUCCAACACAAGGAUGGAGUGGACAUUCUGCAUAAGCUCGUGGCAAAGUGUGACAUUCUAGUGGAAAACUACCUCCCGGGCACUCUGAAGAAGUACGGCAUGGACUAUGAGACUCUUCGCAAGAUCAACCCCAGCCUCAUCUAUACGUCCAUUACCGGUUACGGCCAGACCGGCCCCUAUUCCAGCCGCGCCGGAUACGACGUCAUGGUCGAGGCUGAGUUCGGUCUCAUGCACAUUACUGGUGCUCGCGACGGCCCUCCUGUCAAAGUCGGCGUCGCCGUCACUGACUUGACCACAGGUCUGUAUGCCAGCAACAGCAUCAUGGCGGCUUUACUAGGAAGAGGCAAGAGCGGCAAGGGCCAGCACAUCGAUGUCGCUCUGAGUGACUGCCAAACAGCCACCCUCGCAAAUAUUGCCAGCAGCUGCCUCGUUAGCGGCAAGAGAGACACCGGUCGGUGGGGGACCGCGCACCCUUCCAUUGUCCCUUACAAAUCCUUCAAGACCAAGGAUGGCGACAUUCUCUUCGGCGGCGGCAACGACCGCCUCUUUGGCAUCCUUGCCGACGGUCUCGGCAUGCCCCAGUGGAAGGACGACGCCAAGUACAAGACCAACGCCGACCGCGUCGCCAACCGCGUCGAGCUCGAGGACAAGAUCGAGGCCCUCUCGCAGCAAAAGACGACGCACGAGUGGCUCGCCGUCUUUGAGGGCCGGGGCAUGCCCUACGCCGCCGUCAAUGACGUCCAGGACACGCUCAACCUCGAGCAUACCAAGGCCCGCAACAUGGUGGUCGAGGUUCAACACGGCGACUGCGGCCUGAUUAAGCUGGUCAACUCGCCCGUCAAGUUUUCCGAGACCCAGCCCGGGGUGCGGACGCCGCCGCCCACGCUCGGCCAGCACACCGACGAACUGCUGUCGGAGCACCUCGGCAUGAGCGAGGCCGAGAUUACUGCGCUGAAGGAGCAAGGUGUAAUCGGUUGA